CAGUUUGGAUUUAUUUCGUGAUGUGGUCGUUCUUUUCUCGUGAUCCUUCAAAGGACUUUCCCUUCGAUGUUGGAGAGCCUAUACCAGGUCUGGAAGAUAAAAGUGUAUGGAGUCUGCACAAAGCCAAGAAGAAGGGAUCUGGAGAAGAAGUAUCCGUGUUUGUAUUUGAUGUCAAGAAUGGCAGUGAAACACAAUUGGAUGUAGCAAAAGCUGCUGUAAAGAGACUGAAGACAUUGCGACAUCCAAGCAUUCUUACAUAUUUAGACAGUUUAGAAUCUGAAAAAGUUCUGUACAUGGCAACAGAGUAUGUAGAACCUCUGGAGACGCAUUUAACACAAUUGUCUAAAGAAGGACACCAACGAGAACUUUAUCUUGCUUGGGGUAUUUUCCAAAUAACUCGGGCCCUCAGUUUCCUGAACAAUGAUGGAAACCUGAGACACAACAAUGUGUGCAUGUCAUCUGUGUUUGUCAAUUCAGCUGGUGAGUGGAAGCUGGGGGGUCUAGAAUAUGUAGCUGGGGCCAGCGAGGGCACAGGACUACCAAUCAAGAUCCUGCCUGUGUUGGAGAAGUACGAUGCUCCUGAGAAGUGUGACUCCAGUAAACAGCGGUUUGUCACAAAAUGUUCCACGGACAUGUGGGGCCUUGGCUGUCUGAUCUGGGAAGCUUUCAAUGGACCACUUCCUCAGCAGGCUCAGCUGAAGGACUUGGGAAACAUCCCGAAACAGCUGAGUACAGUGUACUGUGAAUUAGUUGGGGCCAACCCAUCAUCCCGACCAAACCCUGCAGACAUUAUCACACGCUGCCGCAAAUUAGGGGGCUACUUCAAGAAUGACUUGGUGGAUACUCUGCUCUUUUUGGAGGAGAUUCAGAUCAAGGAUAAAGGAGAAAAGAACCGAUUUUUUAGUGCCAUCACACCUCAGCUGGACAACUUCCCUGAGAACGUUUGCCGUCAUAAGAUUCUGCCACAGCUGAUCACAGCAUUUGAGUAUGGAGAUGCUGGGUCUGUCGUCCUCAUGCCCAUGUUCAAGUUGGGGCGACUGUUGGAUGAGCCGGACUACCAGAAGAAGGUAGUGCCUUGUGUCGUGAAACUGUUCACAUCCACAGACAGAGCCACGCGGAUACGACUGCUGCAGCAACUCGAGCACUUCAUAGGACAUUUGCAGGCGGCUACAGUGAAUGACCAGAUCUUCCCCCAAGUGGCACAUGGCUUCAUGGAUACAAACCCAACCAUCCGAGAGCAGACAGUGAAGUCCGUGAUCCAUCUUGCCCCCAAGCUCAACUACAACAACCUGAAUGUGGAGGUUUUACGCCACUUUGCCAGACUGCAGUCCAAGGAUGACCAGGGUGGCAUCAGGACCAACACCACUGUGUGCCUGGGCAAGAUUGCCCAGCACCUGCAUCCCCAGAUACGGCAGAAGGUCCUCAUCUCUGCCUUCAUCCGUGCCAUGCGAGACCCAUUUCCUCCUGCCCGCAGUGCAGGUGUCCUAGCACUGGCUGCCACACAGCAGUAUUUCCUUCUGUCUGAGGUUGCAGUACGUAUUCUGCCUGCCCUCUGCCAACUCACAGUUGAUCCAGAGAAGUCUGUGCGUGAUAAUGUGUUCCGGACUAUCAAGGGGUUCCUGGGAAAGCUAGAAAAGGUGUCAGAGGAUCCCAGCCUGAGGGAAUCAAUGGAGGCUGAUGUCCACACAGCCACGCCAAGCCUGUCCAACGCUGCUGCCACAUGGGCAGGCUGGGCUGUAACUGCAGUUACUUCCAAGUUUUACCGCAGCCAGUCUGAUACUGUGAAGUCGAUAACUCCAGUCGCCAGCAAGACACUGAGCAAGCCUGGCUCAUUGGAACAACCAUCUAGCAGCAGCAUUUCCACGACAACAUCAAGUGUGACAUCAAUGACAUCGCUAGAGCAGGAGGAAAGUAAAGGGGCCGAGUCAGUGUCCGACUAUGAUGAGACAUGGGACACAGAGAACUGGGGUGAAAUGGAUACCCCAGCAAGCCCACCGAGUACAGCUUCAGAACCAAAGAGCCUGCUGCCAGGAACUAAGGAAAAGAAGGGGACUGAUGGCUGGGAUAUGGAGGAGUGGGGCAGUCUGGAGGAAGAUUUGGCGGCAGAGAGUGGUCAAGGGGAAGGGUGGGGCACAACAGACUUUGUUCCUGUGGAGGAUACAGCCGGAACAAAAUCUGUGAACACCUACAACUGGGGAGAUGGCACCAAGGAAGAGUCGGCAAAUCGGACACAGAGCUGGGAGGACACCGAGUGGGAACCUCUGGAGGAGACUGGUGGAGCCUCGAGCAGAUUGGAAGAGGCACGUAAAAAGCGAGAGGAGCGGAAACUGCAGCGCCAGAAGGAACUCGAAGCUCGAAGAGCAACCAGAUUAACAGGUGGACCCAUGAAACUAGGAACAAAGAAAAUAUAACUGCCACACACUAGAAACAAGAGAUUUCCAGCAGAGGUGACUGUAGGACAGUGACCAGUGUUAAAUGGUUGCACAAGCGGAUGUGCUGGUGCUGUGCUGCCAACGUCCAGUUCCUGGCAUUGUGUGCAGUGGCAGCCAAGUUUUGCAUUUUUAACAUACUUAUUUACUAUAUUGAGAGUGCUUUUUUAUUCAUGAGAGUUACUGUCACAAAUGAACAAGGUGUGAUUCCUCAGGGCAUGUGAAGUUGCCCUAGAAUUGUGAGGUGUCAAUUUAAAGUAUAUAGUAAGAGUUACCAACAUUUCAUAUGUCUGCAAGUGAGGCACAGUCUCCACUUGAACUGAUUACUGCUGUGUGAGUUCUCUCUUUGUACAUGGCCAGUCAGUAACUUUGUUUUAUAGACCUAACUUAUAAUUACAUUUCUCUGUGUGUUAGGAUUAAGGUUAUGUUUAUUUAUACUAGAUUUGGUGUGAAUUUCAUCUGAAUCCUGAAACUUGUCAGCUUGGUUCCUGGUAGGAAGACUUACAGUCAUGAGUACAUAUAUGAUGAAAUCAAAGAAUUAGAAAUUUUUGACUUAUUCAUUCUGAUUAUAGAAGAUCACAGAGUUAUUCAUUGUACCUCCUUUAUACAUAGCUCAUGACCUAGCCAUACCCACAGAAAAGUACCAUGUGUUAUAACAUUGCCAUUUUGAAUUAAAUUGGAAAAAUUUCACCAAACUUUGUAUUCCUGUUUGCCAUGGAAGUGGCAAUGAGUGUACAACUUGCCAUGUUGAACUGCCUAUACAUGUCUUUUAACAACUGAAGCAGCAUCUCUGUGAGACAGGAUGUGUAACAACAUCUACCUGUGAAUGCAGGUCACCACAGACUGUACUGACACCAGCCAAUGAUGCCAUAACUGCCACUGUGGAAUGAGAGCCAUUGAGAGGCUCACAUUAUAUCAGGAGACUGUCCCAACCGAGGGUCCUAAAAGGACUUCCAUGUUAAUCAAUUACAUCCAUACUACUGCUCAUGGAGUGUACAUCUGAUUCCUGAAGAUUGCCCACUAUGGAUGAAAUUCUGUGAAUGGCUACAUCAUAGAUGAAUUCUCUGGACAGAUGAAGCAUGUUUUGUGUGUGUGUGUGUUCAGCAUCUGCAGCAUGCAGUAAUCCUCAUGCUAGCUGUGAAUGUGGGUAUCAAGUCUGCUUCAGCAUCAGUGUUUGGCUGCAAUCACCAGGGACAUUAUUUUAGGCCCCCUGUCUGCUAUCUGAUGGGCUGACAUCAGUGAUACCACAAUUUGCUGGAAACCAUUCUACCAGCGCUGCUUAAAGAUGUGCAUCUAGCUGCGAGCAGAGGCUGUGGUUUCAGCACAGUGGAGUCCCUGUAUGGUGAGGGGAAGACUUACUACAGCAGUGGUUGAAUGUGAUAUAUCAAAGAAGGCGGGUUGGAUGUCAAGGGCUGAUGGCAUAGCCUCCUCAGUCACCAGAUCUAACUGUGGUCGAUUUCCUCCUGUGGGGACACCUGAAGGACCACAUGUGCCUUCUCAGGACUAUCCCUCAAAAGACCUUAGGAGGCUGCGAUGAUGGUUAGUGCCAACAUAUCAAGAGGCGUGAAUGCCCUACAGCACACUGCCAUCUGCUUGAAAUAGUCGGAAACCACUUUGAAUGCUUAUUGUAACUAACUAUGAGGCAUUCAUGGUUUAAUCAUUUGACAAUGAUGUGUAUCUUAAAAACCAAAUGUCACAGGACAUGCAGCGCAAGGUCUUCAGCUUGUUUUUUUUGACAU